CCUUGAUCGGAAAGUGUGUGCGGCGCUCCCAGUGAGAGUGGAUUUGGUGGUGGGGGGGGGGUGCGCGUUAAACCCUCUUAAUCCGGCCGUCCUCAAUCUCGCCCUGGGAGACGACGCACGCGCGCCCGGGACCCGCGCGUGUAGCCGAAGUUGGUCACGAUCUAAAAAAAAAAAGACAUUCCGCGCCUGUGUGCGGGCUUUAGCUUGUGGUCCACUCAUCUCUCUCUACCUUCCCGAUUCCACGACGGACGCGUCCGGAGCGGCGGAGGGGCUAAUCGCUAGCCAUACCAGUCGAAUAGUUAAUCCUAUUUCGCGACGUUGAAGUAGCGAGCGAGCGCGCGCUUUCCGGGUGAGGAUCUUCAUCCUCUGACGAUGAGCUCCGCGGAGAAUUCGGACGCCGAGUCCAAACUGGAGUCUGUGAUACAGAAGCUGGAGGAGAGUGUUCUGUCUGAAGAGAAGAGGCUGACAGUGAGAGGCCCUUCCCCAGACGACACUCCUACAUGUCUACCAGCACGAGUCCGAGAGAUUGUCACCAAGAACCUCAACGAUCAGUCAGCGGGAGCGAUGUCGUCUUCGGUCAUGUCCCUCCAGGAGGAGAACCGCGUGCUGCAAGGUGAGCUGGGGAAGCUGGAGGACCUGCUGGCACACAGCAGGGCGGACCGAGAUGAGCUUGCCAUCAAGUACAGCGCCAUUAGUGAGAGGCUGGAGCAGGCGCUGCGUUUCGAGACAGGAGAUGGAGACCAUGACUCACCUGAAAGCCGAAGCCUGGCACAACAAAACGUGGAUUUGCGCCGGCGACUGGAUGAGGAGCAAGCAGCCUACAAGCGCAAACUCACCGCCUACCAGGAGGGUCAGCAGAGACAGGCGCAGCUUGUGCAGAAGCUGCAGGCCAAGGUAUUGCAGUACAAAAAUAGAUGUGGUGAUCUGGAGCAGACGUUGCAGGAGAGGUCCUCAGAGCUGGAGAAACACAGAUCAAGUAGUCACAGUCAGUCGUCAACCAGUAGUCACCAAGACGAACUGAGCAGUAACCUUGAAGAUGCUUUAAUUCGAAUGGAGGAAGAGCAACAAAGGAGCAGCAGUUUGUCUGCAGUGAACGCCAUGCUGAGAGAGCAGCUUGAGCAGGCCGGGCUCGCUAAUGAGGCGCUCAGCCAAGACAUCCGCAGACUCACUGCUGAUUGGACAAAAGCCAGAGAGGAACUGGAGCAAAAGGAGUCUGAUUGGAGGAAAGAGGAAGAGUCUUUCCACAGUUACUUCAGCAGCGAGCAUGGUCGUCUGCUGACUCUGUGGAGGCAAGUGGUUGGGUUCCGUAGGCAAGCCUGUGAGCUGAAAAGUGCCACUGAAAGGGAUCUGUCAGACAUGAGAAAUGAGCUGGCCCGGGUGACCCACUCCACCCAGUCGUCCUGUGCCCACCUGUGCGCCACGCUGCACAGCCAGGAGGGAGGGACGGUGCUGGUGCUGGAGCGAGAGACCGCCCUGCGGACCCAGCUGGAGCAGCAGCUGAGGGAACGGUCCUCAGAGAUGAUGAGUCUCCAGACCAGGACAGAUGCGGAAAGAAAUGAGCUCAACGCCAGGCUGUCGGAUUCGGUGCGGGAAAGGGAGCGACUGAAGGUGCAGAUAGAGGAGAAAGAUCGAGACAUUGACACACUGACCAGGAGUCUUCAGGAACAAAGUGACAAUGAUGAAAUAGACAUGAAGGCAAUGAGAGCACACAGUGAGAUACUGCUAGAUGCACUGCGUGACAUUGCUCAGACUGUCGUGUCCGAUGGAGAGUCUUCAUCAGAGGCGGACCAGGACAAUUCGGGGUUGCCACUGUUGGCGUUGAUCCGUGACUCCGCCCCUCUCCGCUCCCCAUCGGCACGGCGAUCCUCCUCCCCUUCUCGGUUCUCCUCAUUAGCACCUCUCCCAGAGGCUGCCCUGUCUGCUCUGCGCGCUGCUGUCACCAGCAGGCUCCUCCAACUGCAGGACGUCCGAGGACGUUUGUUCUCCGCACAGUCAUCUGUACAACAGUUGCGCAGGCAGCUGUCAGAUUUGGAGUCGGCCAAGAGGGAGGUGGAGCAGAGAAAUCAAGUGCUGCAAGGGGAGCGAGAUGCUGCACAGAGAGACAAGGAGACCACACACAGAGAAAGAGACCGGCUGAAGCAGGAGAGAGACGUGCUGGCCAGUGAGAAGGGGAGCUUGGAGAAAGCGGCUCAGGCAGGCCAGAGCAACAUCCAGAUCCUCCAGAUGGACUGCGAGAAACUGCAGCUGGCCGUGACAUCCGCUCAGAGGGAUUGCGAACAUGAGAAGGAGGAGAGGGAGAUUGCCAUUGAGGAGAGAGACAGGGCCAAGGCUGAGAAUCACAGACUUCAGAAGCAGUUGGAGCAGAGUGAGAGCCGGGCCUCCACCCAGCGGGGAGAGCUGUCUGUGGUGAAGGAGACACACCAGCAGGGGGAGGUUGAGAGGCAGCUACUGGAGCGCGAGAAGACCCAGAUCUCUGAGGCACUAACUCGGGCUGAGGGCAAAAACGCAGAACUCUCCCUGCUGGUUAAUAAACUUCAGUCUGAGGAGGCGGCUCUCAGGGACUCCUUGGCCAAGAUGGGUGCCAUGAAUGAGGCCCUGGCCCAGGACAAAGCUGACCUUAACACCAUCAUCAUCAAGCUGGAGGAGGACAAGGCUAUUCUGCAUACUCAGAGAAGAGAGUCAGAGCAAGAGAAGCUGACCAUCAGAGAUGAGCUUGUCCGACUGGAGCAGGACAGGCUGGAGCUGGACUCUACCCGCAUCGCCCUCCACCAAUCCCUGCAGGAUGCUGAGCUCAGCAGGACAGGGAUGGAGGCAGAGCUCCAUAAUCUCAGGGCCGAGAGACUUAAGCUACAGGAUAAAGUCACUCAAUUAUGUGGUGAGGUGAGCGCUCUGGGAUCAGAAUUAGGUUUGGUCAGAGGAGAGGGUCAGCGGCAGGAAGUGGCCUUAGAGGAGGUUGUCCGCGGUCGGGCCGAGCUGGCCCGAGAGAGGGCAGCGCUGGUGGUCCAGCUGACAGCAUCGGAGCGAGAGAAUGCCAUGCUGACAGAGGAGCUGACUGCCUUCAGGUCAGAGCGGGAGUCUCUGGAAACCAGUCUGUUUGACAUGCAGCAGCAGCUGGUUCAGGCGGAGUCUCGCAGAGAGCACCUGGAAACAGAAAACCAGAGUCUUCGACUUCGUUGUGAGACGGCAACAGGGGAACUGAGGCGGGUGCGGUCAAAGGGUGAAACUGCGCUGGCCCAGGGUGAGAGAGAGAGACAGGCUCUGACUCAGGCCUCGGCCACAGCACAGCUAGAGGCCCAGCAGGCUUUACGAAAAGCCAUCUCCGACCACCAAGAGGAGGUUGAGAGACUGGCGGCGGAAAAGGAGGCCCUGCACCACAGCCUGCUGACUGAACACGAGGGAGCCAUGAGGAAGCUCAGACAGGAGGCGGAAGAGCAGAGGAGCAGAGCAGAGAAGGAGAGGGAGGACCUGAGGGAUGAAGUGAGGAGUCUGCACCACGACAGAGAUCAGUGUCUGCUGCAGGCUGAAACUGACAAACAGCAGGCCCUUUCCCUGAAGGAGGCAGAGAAAGCAAUAUUGUCCGACAAGGUAUCCUCCCUGCAGGCCGAGCUGUCGGCUGUAUCCCUGGAGGCAGAGAAAAUGGCCAGGGAAGCUGCUCAUUACAAAGAACUGGAGCAGACCAAAGUUGGAGGUCUGACCAGCGAACUACUAAAGCUUCGAUCUCAGCUGGAGGACGCGGACUCUGUUCGAGCGCGGGAGCUGCACAGGUUGCGGGAGUCAUGUACUGACCUACAGUCACGUGCUGAUGUGACUCUCAAAGAGCUGGAGAAUUGCAGAGCCUCUCUCUCAGCUAGUGAGGAGAGCCGGGACCAGAUGAAACGGGACAUGCUGGAGAACGAGAGGCGUCUCAGCCAGUCCAAGGACUCCCAAGAAAGCUACAGAAGAGAGGGGGCAGAGCUAAGACGUGCCUUGUGCGAUGUCACCAAAGAGAGAGACAUGCUCAGCCAGUCAAACACCCAGCUAAGAGAAACUUUAAGAAGUGUGGAAACCGAGAGAAUCGGUGUGAAGCGACAGUGUGAGGAGAAAGAACAAAAACUGGCGAUACUGGAAGAGAGUUUGUGCUCAUCUCAGAAGGAAGUAGCAGAGCUACGCAGUUGCCUGAGGGAGGUUGAAAGGUCACGAUUGGAGGCCCGCAGAGAGCUCCAGGAACUACGCAGACAGGUGAAGGUGGUGGAUGGAGAGAAGGAGCAGAAAGGGAGGGAGGUGGCAGAGCUGCAGGCUCGCCUGUCGCUGGGGGAGCAGAGAGAAGAGGAGAAAGGGAGAGGGGUUUUCACUCUUAAGCAGAAGUUAUCGCAAGCUGAAGCAGCAAGAAACUCCCUUAAGAAAGAGCUCUCCUUGGCUCAGAAGCGCCUUGUGGAGUCGGAGUCGGGCUGGCGAGGAUGCGAGAGAGAGCUGACUGCUCAGCUGCAGGAGGCACGUGGCUGUGAGAAGAAGCUGCAGGAUGAGGCCAGGAACCUGGCUCUGCGAGCCAAGACUGCUCAGGACUCAGCGGCGCAGUCCAGUCUGCAGUUGAGUGAGGCCCAAGGCCGACUGGCUGCCACGGAGGCAGAGCUUUCCCGAGCAGAGGCUGGGAGGCGGGAGCUGGAGUUCCGCCUCAGCAGCCUUCAGUCAGCGUUGACCCGCACCUUGGGCAUUGGAGCAGGGGGCAGGGGCAGGAGCCCAGGGGGAGGCUCCCCGGUACCCAGUGUCCUCCCUCGCCACCGGAGUAUCUCCCCAUUUCGUUCUUCAUUAUCACCCCCUAAAGACCGGGCAGCCAGUACCCCUGAUAAUACUUUAGGCUCAGGAGCCAUCUCUCCUGAGAGGGGUGACACGCCACUUCCUCUAUCUCUGCAAGAGCUGGACCCUGAGACACUGCGAAGUGGCCUGCGAGAUUUCCUUCAGGAGCUCCGCGACACCCAGAAAGACCGGGACGAUGCACGGUGCCAGUUAGGAUCACUACGACAAGAGAUAGAGGAAAUGACCAGAGAAAGAGAAUCGGCUCUGAACAGCCUCACCCAGAUACAGAACACCCUCCAGGAGUGCCAGGAAGGGAAGCGCGGUGCAGAUGGGAGGCUGGGCACCACUCAGACGUUGCUCCAACAGCAGGAGGAGGUGGUCCGGAAGGGGGAGCGGGAGAGAAGAGCUCUCUCCGACAGAGUAAAGGAUUUAGAGAGGACCCUGCAAGCCUCUGAAACGGAGAAGAAACACACGCAGGAACAGUUAAGUAAGCAGCGUGCCACGGAGACGCGUUUGGAGGCAGAGAGGAGGCGUCUGCGGGAGGCCCUGGAGGCUGCCGAGGCCCGAGCCACCAGAGUGGAGUUGGGGAGGCGCAUUCUGGAGGGGGAGCUGCAGAGAUUCAAGCUGAGCCUGGGGGACAAAGAGGCUGAGAGCCAGGCAUCUCAGGAGCGCCAUGACUCUCUUCUCAAACAGGUAGCAGAAGGAGAGAGCCGUGUAACUCUACUUCAGAGAGAGGUGGAGCGGUUGAACCAGGCUUUGCUGAAAGCACAGGAGGCUGAAUCUUUACUCAGAGAGAGGGCCCAGUUCCUCAGCCAAAACCUUCAGGAGGCAACGGCUGCCCACAGCACCACCCAGGGGCGUCUGGCUACACUACAGAAGACUCUGAGUGUGACAGAACAGGAUAAGAGGCAACUGCAGGAACGCCUGGAUGAAGCGCGGCCGUCCCUGGCUGAGGGGAAGAGGAACAUGGCCACCCUCACUGAGCGUGUCCAAUGUCUUGAGAGCGAGCUGAGCCAGAGUGAGCUGAAGCGAGAGGAACUGGAAGCUGAGCUUACUAGCACUCAAGAGGCUCUGCGUCAGCGUUCGGCGAGUAUUGCAGAGGCCCAGCGCAGCACCCAAUCUGCCCAGAUGGAGCAAGCCUCAGCAGAGGAGAGGCUGCGGAGCCUGCAAAGAGCAGUCGCCAUGCUAGAGACCGAGAAGAGGGAUGCAGAGAGACAGGCCAUCAGACUGGAGAAAGACAAAAAUGCACUGAGAAAUACACUGGAUAAGGUUGAACGUCAGAAGCUGAAGACAGAGGAGGGCAGCAUGCGCCUUUCUGCCGAGAAGAGCCGCUUGGAUCGCUCUCUCACCACCACAGAGCAAGAGCUGCAGGAAGCACAGGAGCAGAUAGUGCAGCUACAGACUCAGCUGGUGGACAUGGAGAAGUCGCACAGUGUGUGUGAGAGCUCGGCGAGGCAGUGUGACGAGGCCCAGCGCGAGGCGGAGAGGCUGAGGGCCAACUACAGGGAAAUGGAGCGGACCCUUAACGCCAGAGAGCGAGCCCACCGCCAGCGGGUCAAAGGCUUCGAGGAACAGGUGUCCACCCUGAAGGAGCAGCUGCAGCAGGAGAUAAAACGCAAGCAGCCCUUGCAGCCCUCCUCCUUACUGUCUGUAGGAAACUGAGGGACGUCAUCCCACCAGUUACCAAGAGCACAUGUCCAGAAGUACGCCAGCACUUACUAUGUGCCAACUCCAGACAGGUCCUUGUAACACUAAUGCCCUUCACCAAGCAACCAUCCUGGUGAGGAGCGCUACGGCGAAUAUGGGAUCUGUGUGAUGGGUGAAAGAGAAAUGUGCACCACUGUAGUUAGAACAGUGCUAUGCUGUUGUGUUUUGUUUUUUCAGUGAAAAUGUUUACUUGUAAAAUACAGAUAAGCACACAAUGGGGCAGAAGGGGAGGAAUGUAGUUUGCAAAUAAGGAGUGCUGCAGUGUAAAUACAGGCAGUCUGCUGAUGGCCGGCAGCCAUGGCUUAGUGGACCGUUGCUCAACAUCUUCCAUGACUUCUCUUAUUUAAAAAAGAAACUGGAGUCACCACAGGAUUGUCCUCCAGACAGAAUCUGGAUGUAGUGCAGGAAUGAGAACCGCGGCGCUGCCAGUUUGCAAUUGGCCUUUGUUCUUUUCGUGUUCAUACUUAACAGUUCGAGGACACAAAGGGAGGCUUUCACUAAACACACCAGCGCCGGGAAACAGACCGGCCAGCCACAUGAAGGAGCGGCUCUGUGUCGUCGUCCCCCCCCCCCCCCUCGAGUGACUUGUGGAGAAUUCACUAAAAUGUCAGGGGGAAUGACAUUUACAUACGGUUACGUAAGCGCCCGGGCAGGGACGGCGGUCGGUUCUGUGUUUCCCUGCCGAGGUGAACCUCCAGGGUGUGUGUUUGUAGGGAUUUAUGAGUAUACUCAUUACAAAUCACAGCUCACGUAGACGAAGAUGUCAUCGUAAACGAUAAUUGUAUGACUACAGAGGAUACACAUGGACCCCAUUCAUUUGCAACGGAAUAAACAAAUGUCUGUCUUG